GUCAGUUUGGAGGACCCAURUCUGGGCCACAGCCAGGCAUUCCAGGGGGCUUCCCUGGAGCACCAGGUGGACUAGCUGGACCUCCUCAGAAGAAACUGGACCUGGAUUCUAUCCCAGGCAUUACCCAAGUGAUAGAGGACGACAAAGCAAAGUUUGGGGGACAAAUCUUCAGCACAAACGUCAGAGGGCAGGUCCCGCCUCUCGUCACCACCGACUUCACAGCUCAGGAUCAAGGGAACGCCAGUCCAAGAUUCAUCCGCUGCACCACCUACUCACUGCCCUGCACCGCCGAUCUGGCCAAACAGUGCCAAGUCCCUCUGGCUGCCAUCAUCAAACCRUUUGCCAGUUUGCCAAAAAAUGAAACUCCUCUGUAUAUUGUAAAUCAUGGAGACACGGGCCCGGUCCGCUGCAACCGCUGUAAGGCCUACAUGUGUCCUUACAUGCAGUUCAUCGACGGCGGCCGUCGUUUCCAGUGCGGUUUCUGCAACUGCGUCAAUGAAGUGCCCGUCUUUUACUUCCAACACCUUGACCACAUGGGUCGGAGGGUGGAUUUCUACGAGAGGCCUGAGCUGUCGCUKGGAUCUUAUGAGUUUGUUGCAACUCUUGAUUAUUGCAAGAACAACAAGCCUCCCAACCCUCCUGCCUUUAUCUUUAUGAUCGACGUGUCCUAUAACAACAUCAAAAGCGGUCUGGUCAAGCUGAUCUGCGAUGAGCUCAAAACUCUGCUGGAGARGCUGCCCAGGGAGGAAGGUGCAGAGAGCUCUGCCAUAAAGGUGGGCUUUGUUACCUACAACAAGGUGCUUCACUUCUACAACGUAAAGAGCGCUCUGGCCCAGCCRCAGAUGAUGGUGGUGUCAGACACGGCCGAGAUGUUCGUCCCUCUGCUCGACGGCUUCCUCGUGAACUACGAGGACUCGAGAGCCGUUAUCUACAACCUCCUGGAUCAGAUCCCUGACAUGUUUGCAGACACAAACGAGAGUGAAACGGUCUUUGCCCCCGUCAUCCAGGCCGGCAUGGAGGCGUUUAAGGCAGCAGAAUGCAGCGGGAAGCUUUUCAUCUUUCACUCAUCGAUGCCCACAGCUGAGGCUCCGGGCAAACUCAAGAACCGUGACGACAAAAAGCUGGUCGGCACAGACAAGGAGAAAAUCUUGUUUCAGCCUCAGAAAGGUGUGUAUGAGCAGCUGGCUAAAGACUGUGUGACCCAGGGGUGCUGCGUGGAUCUCUUCCUGUUCCCCAGUCAGUACUCAGACUUGGCCACCAUGGCCGAUGUGCCGUCCCACACCGGAGGCUCCRUCUACAAGUACAACAACUUCCAGAUUGAGACAGACGGCGAGCAUUUCCUCAGAGACUUGAGGAAGGAUGUAGAAAAACACAUUGGAUUUGAUGGAAUCAUGCGAGUUCGGACCAGCACAGGCUUCAGAGCCACAGAUUUCUUCGGGGCGGUCCACAUGAACAACACCACAGAUAUUGAGAUGGCAGCUGUGGAUUGUGACAAAGCCCUGACGGUGGAGUUUAAACACGAUGACACGCUCAGCGAGGAGACCGGAGCGCUGCUUCAGUGUGCCUUGCUCUACACCACCAUCGGCGGGCAGCGGCGUCUCCGCAUCCACAACCUGAGUCUGAACUGCAGCUCGCAGCUGUCCGAGCUCUACAAGAGCUGCGAGACGGACGCACUCAUCAACUUCUUCGCCAAAUCAGCUUACCGUGCCAUAUUGAACCAGCCUAUAAAGAACUUGAGGGAGAUCCUGGUCAACCAGACUGCCCACAUGUUGGCCUGCUACAGGAAGAACUGCGCCAGCCCCUCAGCUGCCAGCCAGCUGAUCCUGCCCGAUUCCAUGAAAGUGUUCCCCGUCUACAUGAACAGCCUGAUGAAAACCGCCCCCCUGCUGGGCAACACCGAGCUCCCUACAGACGACAGGGCCCACCAGAGGCUGUCAGUCAUGGCCAUGGGGGUGGAGGACACCCAGCUGCUGCUCUACCCACGCCUCCUCCCGCUGCACAACAUUGAUGUCAGCAGCGACGGAGUGCCGGCUCCGGUUCGCUGCUCCGAGGAGAGACUUACAGAUUCUGGCACAUUCCUGCUGGAGAACGGGAACGUCAUGUUUCUGUGGCUCGGACAAGCGAGCCCACCAGACCUGAUCCAGAACCUCUUCAAUGUGCCCUCYCUCGCUCAUUUACAAGGAAACAUGACUUCACUCCCAGAGCUGGACAACCCGCUGUCAAAGAAGGUUCGGUCCAUCAUCGGUGAUCUUCUUCAGAAGAGGCCAAACUCUAUGAAGCUGCAGCUCGUGAGGCAGAAAGACAAACUGGAGAUGCUGUUCCGUCAGUUUCUGGUGGAGGAUAAGGGUCUGCACGGCGGAGCCUCCUACAUGGACUUCCUCUGCUACGUUCACAGAGAGAUCAGGCAGCUGCUCACCUAACCCGACCUCCUCCUCCUCCUCCUCCUCUCCACAAGCCUGAGAGAACCAACCUCCUGCAGAGAACUCCCAGGAUCCGCCUCUGUAGGACUGAAAUAGUUCAGGUGAUCCACACAAAGUUUCAAAGCCAUCCGAAUGGAAACAGAAGCAGAGAGCUUUUCAGGAGUCCAGCAGCUUUAUUCUUUGAAUAUUUAUCACUCAGGAGGGCUUUCGAGUAAAUCUGUAGAAAGGACUUGGACAUGUAGAUACUUAAUGAGAUGAGCGGACUGGAACCACCACGGCUCUUUAUGCCCACCAGCAGGAGCAAUACAUCCACUACAUUAUCACUUACCUACAGCAUUUAUUUUCAUUUAACUUGAUACAUUUAUAGCAUCUAGAAAAGCUUAUUAGUGCCUUUCCACUCUCCUAAGGAGACAAAGGAUAUCUCAGUAAAUGUUUCGUUGCUGUCUGACUGAGAAGUCUGUUUCAAUAAAAAUCUUGAAAAUCCCAAAUGUAACAAGAACAGCAGCAAAUCUGUCCUGUUUUGACACAACUGAUUCAAAGUGUUGGAUCCACACAUGUCCCCCUCCACCAAACGUCACAUUCUUUGCCCAUUUAUGGCCGAAUCCUCUCCUCUCUCGGCGCGGCCAUGCAGAAAGCCGUUUUGUUUUGGCGUUCUGAGUGCACGACGAGGCGAGCACAGCUGUCGCUCGACCGUACAGGCUGCAGCAAACCAGGACCGAGUGGAGAAGAAGAAAACAAUUUAGUUUUUCUUCAGUCUUUGAGGUGGAGUCGGCGGAGAAGUCUUUGUUGAAAGGCAUUGAAAUUGUAUUUUUAUGUUCCUACAGAAGUUUUACUAUAAGUUUACAGCAAUUUGCACACAUUAAUGAAAAACUAAAGAAAAAAAAACCUAGCUUUUUACCACAGUCUGGAUGAAAUUAGAAAUAGCAAUAAAUCCAUAUUUCUCCUUCCUCAUUCUACUCCGUUAUUCCGACACUCGUAACACUGUCCAUGUGGGUGCUGAGCUGUGAUUGGCUGAAAUGUCCAAUUUGGAGUAAAAACCAAUGCUAUUAUUGCAGUCCUUUGUGACUGAUUUUGCACAAAAYAUUUAAUUACAAUGAAGAUAAAAUUUCAAAACCCAGUGCAGCUCUAAUUCUCCUUUCAUCAGGUCACCUUCAGUGUACAGGAAGUUUACUCGUUUAAUCAAUUAGAUCCUGAAAUCAUUCCAGUUCUGUACAGUGUACUGUUUUUGUUUUUAUAAGUAAUUCCUUCAMCAUAAUUUGUUAUUCCUCUGAAUAAUCUUUAAACCUUUGCAGUUAUUUGUGCAUUUAAAAGUGCAACUUGUGUYUUUCACAUCUCCACCUGCCUGAUGUUUAAAAUGUUUUGUCAGAGUAAGACAUGACUGGCUGCUCUGUUUGGUUUGUCUGCAAACUUAUCUCAGGUGAUUUAAUGUUUUAAGAAACAACAAAAAAAAGCAGUGAUUGAAUCAAAGGGAAAAGAUGGAUGGCUCUUUGUGCGGCACACUUGAUGUUUUCAUGAACAUUUCAUUACAAAAUGUAACGUUUUUGCAAAUUAAAACAUUGAACUGUAA